AUGUCCUUUGCCGAAUCUGGAAGCCAGGGCUUGUUCCGGAUGAACACGACGCAGUUCGACUUUAACCUGCGCUUUGAGCAAGUCUUCUUGUCCAUAAUCCCCUCGGCCGUCUUCAUUGUCGCCGCGCUAUGGCGGGCGCUGUCAGCGAUGAGGCAGCCACUCGUGGUCUUCGCGCCGCCCGCCUUCGUGGCCGUCAAACUUGCUGCCACGGCGGUGCAUGCCGUUCUUGAGUUGGGGCUGCUUGUCCUCGUCGCCGCGGGAGGCUUCCAAGCGACGCGCACGCAGCUCGUCUCAGCGGCCCUCCGGCUCGCAGCCGCGCUGUGCGCCAUCCUGCUCAGCUUCGCGGACCACGGCCGGAGCCCGCGGCCGUCCAUCAUACUCAGCACGUACCUCCUCCUCGUGCUGAUCCUCGACGCCGCGCAGGCGCGCACCCUCUUCCUGCUGUCCGCCGACGACCCCCGCGAGCGCACCUACAGCGCCGUCUUCGUCGCCGGCGUCGCGGUCAGGCUGGCCGUGCUGCUGCUCGAGUCGCGCGGCAAGGCGCGCUGGGUGCGCUGGGCGGACGGCCAGGCGCGGCACAGCCCGGAGGAGACGAGCGGCGUCUUCUCCCUCGGCGUCUUCUCCUGGCUCAACGCCAUGCUCCUGACGGGAUACUGCAAGGCCAUGGCCGAGGAGGACCUGUUCCCGCUGGACGGAGCGCUGGAGGGGUCGCGCCUGCACGCUGCGUUUGCGGGCAACUUGCGGGCGGCCAGGCUCGGCGGCGGCGGCGGGUUCGCGCUGCUCAGGGUGCUGGCGUGGACGAUGAGGGGAACCAUCUGCCUGGCGGUUGUGCCGCGGCUGUGUCUGCUUGGCUUCACGCUCAGCCAGCCCUUCUUCAUCGAGCGGCUGCUGGAGGCGCUCUCGCGGCCCGGCGGCGGCGCGCCGGCGGCUGACAUCAGCUACGGGCUCGUCGGGGCCGCGCUCCUCAUCUACGCGGGCAUGGCCGUGUCGACGGCCUUUUACGGGUACUACCAUCACCGGACGCUCACCAUGUCGCGCGCCAUGCUCGUGACGGAAGUCUACCGACAGUCCACGCGACUCCGGACCUCCGACGACGCGGCGCUGACGCUGAUGAGCACCGACUGGGAGCACAUCCGCGACGGCUUCAAGGCGGUGCACGACGUCUGGGCAAGCCUCGUGCAAGUCGGCCUCGCCGCGUGGCUGCUCCACCGGCAUCUCGGCGGCGGUCCCGUCUUCCUGGUGCCGCUCGGCGUCGUGCUGGUCGCGUUCGCCGGCGUCGCCGUCGUCGGCCGGCUCGCGGACGGCGCGCAGCGGGCGUGGAUGGCGGCCGACGCUGCUGGCACGAUGGGCGCGACGAGGGCGUUUACGAGCCUGUCGUGGCUGGUGCUGCUGACGCUCCCGCUGGGCAUCGUCUUUCAGCAGGUUCCGCUGCUUGUCGGCGCCAACGCCUGCCUGGGCCGUAUCCAAGAGUUCUUGGCGCGCGAGAGGCACAGUGACUUUCGGCGGGUUGUCGGGCACGAUGAUGAUGGUGAGACUGACUCGGAAAAGGAUCGGGAUCGGGAUCGGGAUCUGCGUGAUGGUCCUGCGAUUGUGAUUGUCCGCGGCAAGUUUGGCUGGGAGAGGGAGAGGUCGGUCCUGCAAGACGUCAACGUCACAAUCGCUCAAUCCUCACUAAACAUGAUUGUCGGACCUGUCGGGUCAGGCAAGUCGACGUUCUGCAAGGCCGUACUCGGCGAGGCCGCCUUCAACGAGGGCACCGUUACUCUUGCCGCUCGUCAUCCACAUGUCGGGUACUGUGAUCAGAGGCCGUUCCUGUUCAACGGCUCCAUUCGCGACAACAUCAUCGGGCAGUCCAGUUUCAACGUGCAGCGGUACAACGAAGUCAUCGAGGCGACCGCGCUGCGCUUCGAUCUCGGUAACCUCCCGCAAGGCGACGAGACCAGCGUCGGCUCCGACGGCAUCACGCUCUCCGGCGGCCAGAAGCAGCGCGUCGCCCUCGCCCGCGUGCUCUACCUGGAGACCACGCUCCUCGUCCUCGACGACGUGUUCAGCGGCCUCGAUGCCGACACGGAAGAGCUCGUGUUCCGACAGGUCCUCGGGCCCGGCGGCCUGCUCCGCAAGCGGCAGGCCACCGUCCUCCUGUGCACGCACAGCGUCAGACACCUCCCCGCCGCCGACCACGUCAUCGCGCUCGGGGCCGGAAGGGUGGUUGAGCAGGGCACGUUUGCGGAGCUGAUGGCCGCGGCGGACGGCUAUGUGGGCCGCCUCGGCGUCAAGGCUUGCUCCGGUAGCAACAGCGAUGCCGAGUCCGAAGAGACUGUCGCUGCGCCAGAAAAGGCCGAAGACGCGCCACCGCCGCCAUUCGAUCCUAUUGCUGCUAUCAAGGAUUCAGAGGCUGCUCCGGCCGAUGCAGUCCUCGCGCGCCAGCAGGGCGACGCGACAGUCUACAAGCACUAUGCCGUGAGCAUGGGCGUCCUCACAGCGAUGACCGGGGCUGCCUUCACUGCGGCGUACGGCUUCUUCGAGAACUAUCCGACCAUCUGGCUCAAGUACUGGUCCGCCGACGCCGACGCCGGCUUCCGACAUCACCCGUUCGGGUACUAUGCUGGCGUGUACGCCGCGCUUAUGGUCUCUGCCAUGGCGUGUCUCGUCAUGUCCAUCAUGUUAUUCUUGGUGGUCGGCGUGAGGCGCGCCGGCGCAAACCUUCACCAGAACGCCCUCACGACCAUGAUGGGCGCCUCGCUGUCCUUUUUCGCGGCGACAGAUGCAGGCGUCAUCACCAACUUGUUCUCCCAGGACCUGAAUCUUGUCGACACCGAAUUGCCCAUGGCACUGAUCAACUGCCUCCUCGCGCUCUUCGAAGCACUCGGCCAGGCGUGCGUGAUGAUUACCGCAUCACCUUACAUCGCCAUCACCUACCCGUUCCUGAUCGCCCUCCUCCUUCUCCUCGCCAAGUUCUACCUGCGCACGUCUAGACAGCUGCGACUACUCGACCUCGAGGCCAAGAGCCCGCUGUACGCGCACUUUCUCGACACCGUCAAGGGCAUCGUCAGCAUGCGCGCCUUUGGCUUCGUCCCCGAGGAGAUCGCCAAGACCGCGGACCUUCUCAACGCGAGCCAGCGGCCGGCGUAUCUGCUCGUCAUGAUCCAGCAGUGGCUGACGCUCGUUCUUGGCAUCGUCGUCGCAGCUCUGGCGACGGGAUUGACGGCGCUCGCUACUCGCCUGCACGCCAGCUCCGGGUUCGCUGGCGCGUCCAUGGUGACGCUGAUGAGCUUCGGCGAGAGCCUCACGAUGAUUGUCCAGUUCUACACGCGCCUCGAAACGUCCAUGGGAGCCGUUGCGCGACUCAAGGCCUUUGGCGAGACUGUGCAGCCGGAAGACAAAGGCUAUGAAAACGUCAUUCCCGCCGAGACGUGGCCUCAGUCGGGAGAGAUCAAGAUCAAAAACGUGUCUGCCAGUUAUGAGCAGGCAGGACCAAAGACGGAGGGAACUCCCCGGCUAGCCUUGAAGAACAUCAACUUGAGCAUCGUCGCAGGAGAAAAAAUUGCAAUUUGCGGCCGCACUGGCAGCGGAAAGUCUAGCUUCGUCGCCCUGCUGCUGAAGCUCCUCGACCCGACCAUCGAUUCGGACGGCGGCGGUGUGGUCAUUGACGAGAUCGCUCUGAGCAGCAUCCAACGCUCUGCUCUACGUCAGCGAAUCCUAGCUGUUCCUCAAGAAGCCGUCUUUCUGCCAGACGGGUCUUCGUUCCAGGCCAACCUGGAUCCGUCCGAGCAGGCCACGGCGCUCGACUGCGAGGCGGUCCUCAAGGUAGUCGAUCUUUGGGACUUUGUCCAGGAGCGAGGCGGUUUGGGAUCUAUUAUGGCCUCCAUCACUUUCAGCGCUGGCCAGAGACAGCUCAUGUCGCUCGGCCGAGCCGUGUUGAGGAGGCGCAUUCGGCAAAAAGGUCAAGGAGGCGUCGGUGAGGGCCCCGUCGAACCGGAGGGCGGUGUUUUGCUUCUGGACGAGGUCAGCUCGAGCGUAGAUGUUGAGACUGAGCGCAUCAUUCAAGAUGUCAUCAAGCGUGAGUUUUCAAAGUACACCGUUAUUGCAGUCUGUCAUCGCCUAGAUAUGAUGAUGGACUUUGACAGGGUCGUCGUAAUGGACAUGGGCGAAAUUGUCGAAGUUGGAAGCCCUGUGGCGCUGGCACAGGAAAAGGGGUCUCGCUUCGGUGACUUGCUCAAAGCUUUUAUUCAAUAG